CCUUCAGCGGACGAGGCCGGGAAGAUGGUGGAAGCGUGGUAUAUGGACGAGUCCCCGGAGGACCAAAGAAAGCCCCACCGACUGGAGUCCGGGCGCCCCGUCGACCUGGAGCUGCUGGGUCAACUCGGGGUCUUUUACUGGAAACUGGAUGCUGACAAAUAUGAGAAUGAUCCAGAAUUAGAAAAGAUCCGAAGAGAGAGAAACUACUCCUGGAUGGACAUAAUAACCAUAUGCAAAGAUAAACUACCAAAUUAUGAAGAAAAGAUUAAAAUGUUUUAUGAAGAACAUUUACACUUGGAUGAUGAAAUUCGAUAUAUCUUGGAUGGCAGUGGAUAUUUUGAUGUGAGGGAUAAAGAGGACAAGUGGAUCCGGAUUUCCAUGGAGAAAGGAGACAUGAUAACACUUCCUGCAGGCAUUUAUCACCGCUUCACCCUGGAUGAAAAGAACUAUGUGAAGGCAAUGCGGCUGUUUGUUGGAGAGCCAGUGUGGACACCCUACAACCGGCCAGCUGACCAUUUUGAUGCUCGAGAACAGAAUCUCUGCAUGUGUGGUUGCCUGUGCUUUCUUUCACCGGGCAGAGCCAGCCCUGUGAACUCUCCAGGGAGCCAAUUGAGACCGACUAUAAAACUCAGGUUUUUCCUUGAACCUUCAUUGCCUGUUCCUUCCAAGGAAGUAGCAGAAAAUGUACUCACUUCACAAGUUCUGCUGUAUCUCUUGUGAGGAAAUAAUGUAGUUCAGUUGAUGGGGGUAUUUUUUCCUUAAUUACACAGUGAAGUGUACACUUCCUUUCAUUUUCAUGAUAUGGUUCUGGUGUCUAAAAUUACAUCCUUCUGUUUGUACUUGGCUUAAUAUGUUUGCAAAGGGCAGGGCUUCUGUCGGGACUGAGAGCUAUUGAGUAUGAAAUUUGAUGAAAGCAAACCCUUUUACCUAUAAUGCAUAUAAAGAAAUGGGAGUGAUUUAACUAUAGGAAUUUUGAGUGAUUUGCUAGUGCACGAGUCUUGCAUCUUUACCAGUGCCUGGCAUAUGGUAGAAUUCAGUAAAUCCU